AUGGAACCUCAACAACAGCAAAACCAACAACAUCCAAAUGAAGAUAGUAGCGGCAGUGGCAAAGGAAGCUUUCUUUGCAGGCAAAGCAGUACACGGUGGACUCCCACCACUGACCAGAUUAGAAUAUUGAAGGACCUUUACUACAACAAUGGAGUUAGGUCCCCAAGUGCAGAGCAGAUUCAGAGGAUCUCUGCUAGGCUUAGACAGUACGGGAAAAUCGAAGGCAAGAAUGUCUUUUAUUGGUUUCAGAACCACAAGGCUCGUGAGAGGCAGAAGAAAAGGUUCACCACAACCGAUGUCCCCAUGCAAAGACCUACUGUUGCGAAUGGUGGCUGGAAAGCUGAUGAUCCCAUUCAUAAUAACAAAUAUCCCAACAUAAGUCCUGGUUAUUCUACUGCAUCUUCCUCAACUGGUGUGCUUACUGUUGGGCAGAUAGGAAACUAUGGGUACGGGUCUAUGACCAUGGAGAAGAGUUUUAGGGAUUGCUCAAUAUCAGCAUGUGGUAGCAGCACGGGUGCAAGCGAAUCUGUAAGCCACAACUUCGGAUGGGUUGGGAUCGAUCCUGCAUGCUCUUCACCUUACACUCUCUUUGACAAGAAAAAGCUCAUUGAUGGAAUCCUUGAAGAGGAACAGGAAGAUGAUGAAGAAGAAGAAGCUGCUGCUCCACAUAUUGAAACCCUCCCUCUCUUCCCCAUGCACGGUGAAGACAUUAAUGCUUUUUGCAGCAACAUGAAGCCCUCACCAGAAAGCUGUUACUCAGGCUGGUACAGGUCUGAUGAUGGCUACGCUGGUUCUCGUGCUUCGCUUGAGCUCAGCCUCAACUCCUACACAGGCAGAUCACAGGGUUCUAUCUGAUGAAUAUUCCCCAUUGUUCAUCCUAGUAUUAAUCAAUGUUUUCAUGAUGUGUACUGUCUUCCCAAUUAGCUAAGUAAUUAUGGCUUUAAUAUGGUGUAACUACCGGUUUAUCCCUUGUUUUUUAAUGUGCAAAGUUGUCCCGAACUUGACAUGUGUCAUGCAAGAACUUAAUUAACUGGUUAACAUCUUACUGCU